AUGUCGUCGCAUAACACCCUGAGCGCCGCGUCGGAGGAUCGCAAGGCUCGCCUUGCUAAGCUCAAGAACCUCAAGCGCAAGCAGCCCACCGAUGAGCUCGUCGCGCCCGAAGCCGACGAGCGAUCCCCAGCUCCCUCCAACAACAAGCAAAACGAGCAGGGCGAGGAAGAGGAGUCGCCUCUCGACGUGACGCACUUGCACCUCUCGGGCCGAAACUACGACCCUGAGACGCGCGGACCGAAACUCGGAUUCGAGGCGCCGCCUACCCUGGCAGACGACAAAGCCACGCUCGAGCAGCAAGCCGCAGAACUCGAAGCUCAAGUGCGGCAACAAGCGGCCGCCGAAGCCGCCGAGGAAAAGGGCAUUGAUCUUUUCAAGCUGCAGCCCAAGAAGCCUAAUUGGGAUCUGAAACGCAACCUGGAGCAAAGGUUGGACGUGUUGAACGUCCGCACAGACAAUGCCAUUGCGCGCCUGGUUAAGGAUCGCAUUACCGCUGCGCAAAAGGCAGCCGAAAAAACGUCAGGUCGACAAGACUCUGAAACUGCCGGAAUGGAUGGCGCUACACUCGUCGAGUCUCUGAGAGUACGAGAGCAGGAGGAAGAGGAGGAAGAAAGGCGCGAAAAGGCAGAAGAGGAAGCCUUGACUGCAUAA